GAUUAAACACGUGUGGAACAACGUAUGUUUUAUUUUGUUUUAGUCUAACUUUAUUUUGUUUUCUAAGUUUUUUCUUAGUUAAAGAAAAGAUAAGGUUACCGGAGCUUCGACGCCACCUGGAUUCGAAUCCAGCUAUCUAGAACGCUUUAAUGCUAGAAAAACAUGGAUUGCGAAAGAUAUUUAGUGAUUAGUUUUUAGACCUAGAACGCUUUUGGGAUAACACCACACCAUAGUUAUAUGUAACAAAAAAAAAAAGACAAGGUAUUGUUCAAUGAUAUCUACAAACAUCAAUUGUCACGAACAUUUCCUACUCACGUAUGUUGGCAUGCAUUAUGCAUAUGGUAUGAAUAAAUACAAAAGAAUAUGUAUGUAUAUUUUCUCAAAAUGUGCGAUGAGUCAUGGCAUAACAGCUUUUUCAACUCAGGAAUGGAGGACACAUAAUGCAACUUGAUUGGUCGGAGAUUACAAGGACCAAUAAGAGUCCUCAAAUAAGGUAGAACAGCAUAUUUUGUUUUGAUUUGGACCCACGCAUUAAUAUAAUAGAAAAUGGGGGAAUAUACAACAUUAUUGCCUAUUGGAGGGCUUGGAUAAGCCAUACCAUUAAAUUUAUCAUAUGAAACCUAUGUGGAUGCAUCUGUAUGGGUAGAACAUAUAUUUCACAUUGCUUCUAUAUAACCAACGGGUGUGCCUCUUCGUUUAUAGUGUCCCGUCAAAAUUAAAUACUAUGGUGUGUUGGACCAUACAUAAUCAUAUCAAACAAACAUUUGCUGAUAAAUUUGAAAUGUAAAGUUAAGUGACCCAAAUUAAAUAGCUCUAAUAGGUUAUCUAAUAAUAGUAUUGGCCAUUGUUUUACAAUCAUAAUCAAACCUAAAUUUUUGUAUGGCACAACGUCGUAAAAAGGACAACGAUAUUUUGUUCAUAUUGUAAAAUUUUAGUUCAGUUUACAACUAGUAAAUAUAUUUUGAGCCAUUUUUCUAUUUGACUACAUUCUAUUUUAAUUUUUUUUUUAAGUCAAACCAGUUUUAUAUACGAUUUAUACGAAUGCAAUAAACAUAUAUUGUAUGUAUAUACAAAAUGAAUAUGAUAUGUAAUUAUAGUAUGUUGGUUGUUUUAAGUUUAAUUAGAUAAAAGCUAAUAUAUGUCUCACAUACAAAAAAACACACACACACAAGUUCUUGUACAUAUAUGUAUAAUGGAUCCAUACCUGUGUAUAUUAUAUGCCCUGUUUAGCGUUACUCAUCUGUAUGAUUGAUUAACAUGAUUUUUUUAACUAAUUAUUGAUAAACUGCACGAUAAUUGACGGAUUGUAAUCGUAGGAAGUUUAACUAGAAUUUAUCUGAAACCUAGGACUUGUAGUUGUUUCUGAAUGGUCGUCAAAAUACAAAUAAAAUGUUUUAUUCUUGUUACUCUUAUCUCAGGUACGUACAGAAGAGAGGAACAAAUAAUUAAAUUAAAGAAGCAAAAGAGACAUAAAUAUGGUGCAAAAGAUGACACAGAAGAUGCACAGAAACCAUCCAAUAAUUUAACUGUAUCUUACGCUAACCCUAGGCCACGUGGCGAAUUGCCAUUCCUCCUCAUUUGCCCCGAGUGAUAAUCUUUCGGCUCACCGGAGAGAGACACACAGAAAGACUAUAGAAAGAAAGAGAGAGAGAGAAAGAGUGUGAGAGUGUUUAAUUAAAAAGGGAGAAAGAGAGAGAGAAAGAUAAUGGAACAAGAUGAGUGGUUGGGUACGCUAAGAUACGCCAGCAAGGCGCAGGAUAAGGUUUCCGUCGACAGUCUCAUGCUCCGGUACCGUCCGAUCGCUCCAAAGCCGACGACUGGUCAACCAUGCGGUACAGGAGACAACAAUAACAACAACUCAUACGGUAAACGAACCAAACGAAAGUACGUUAGGGUUUCGAAGAAUAAUAAAACCACGUGUCGAGGAAAGAGCAGAUCUGACGUGUCUGAUGGUCGGGAACAAACUGGUGUCGUGACGCUGCAGCUCAUGCCGGAAAAAUCCGAUCCGUCAGGCGACUACACGCCGUUAGAUCAGGAUAGUCUCGAUCCGUCGCUGAAAACGAUAAUCGGAGUAGAAACACUAGAAACCAACACGUGGGCCACGUUUAACGGCGGCGAAACGGCGGAGGUGGAGACAUGGGUGACGGUGGAGUCCGUCACAGGCGUAUAUGACGGUAGUUCGACUUCCCAUGCGGUGGAAUGUACGGACGUCGAGAUGGUGGAUAAUCUAGGUAAGGACACGUGUCCUGCGUUCGUAUCGGAUGCCUCGAACCGCGUGGUUUGGGUUAACGAGGCUUACCGGAGAAAUGUUUCCGGUGAAGAUUGGUCGUCAUCUUUGUCGUUGCCGGAUGUUAUGGUGUGGUUGGUGGCGGAGGAGUCUACGGUGGCUAUGUAUUGUAACUACCGAGCUUUCACGUGUAGGGUGAGGAUGCAGUACACCUGGCAGGAGACAAAGUAUACCAAAACGGUGCCGUGUGAUGUAUGGAAAAUGGAGUUUGGUGGCUUUGCAUGGAGGCUAGACACAACAGCUGCUCUGACUCUCUGGCUUUGAUGCUGAUUGCUGCCUGAAACAUUAUGGUUUUUAAUCAAAUGGUACUCAUCUUCCACUAAUUUAGAGGUAGAUC